GCUCCAGUGCCGCACAUCAUACUCGCGCGCUCCCUCGCUCGACUUCACACCUCCGUCACAAAUAUGGUGAAGCUUCACGUCACGUACUGCGGCGGCUGAGUACGGUCCUCGCUAUAGGCAGGUGGAGAAUGCCGUCAAGGCGAAGUACCCGGGCAUCGAAUCCGAGGGUGUCCCCACGCAGAACACUUCCGGCGCGUUCGAGGUUGUUGUGGACGGCGAGCUCAUCCACUCCAAGCUCAACGGCGACGGAUACGUGGACUCCAUGGAAAAGCUCGAGAAGAUCCUCGCGGCCAUCGGCGCGAAGAUGUAA